GAAGUCAAUUUUCCCGGAAGCUUCUGUCUGACUUCUGUGAAGAGUGAAGACCAUAGUGUUCGUCGUCGUUCGCCUCCACUGAAAAUUUUAAUAGUAACUAAAUUAAAUCCUCUGUUACAUGUUCUGGCUUCUUCCUUUUACUUCUUAUUCUACUUUUCGCUUUUCUGCAAUGGAAAUUUGAAGUAAUAAUCAAAGACCGGCUGACGAAUCCCCUUUAUGAUCUAGGUCAUGCUUCAGAAUGCUUUUGAGUCAUUAAAUUUCAACACUUUUAGCACCUACAUCUUCUUCUUUCCCCAAAUUAUUUUAGUCUGCCCUAUUCGACUUAUCUCUUCGGUUGUUUUCUUAGUGUAACACUUACCCAUUUACAUGUCUUUGUUCUUGAUGCUAUUGAGUCAUUAAAUUCGUUUUUUUUGCAGAUUUUGGAUAGCAAUGAUAGUUGAAACUUGAAACGCUUUUUGGUUAAGGUCCAUUAGCAGUAGAUUGAUCCAAAAACACAGCAUUUUUGUCUUAUACAGAACGAAAUUAUGCUCAUUCUUUCCAGGUUUCAUGUGAUACUAAUCACAUUCCUCUUCUUCAUUUCGCUUCUUUCGCCAUUGCUUUCCACUGCCAUACCUAUCAACAUUUGGCCAAAGCCGAGAUUUCUCUCGUGGCAUCAACAAAAAGCCAUUGCCCUCUCUCCAGAUUUCACCAUCAUUUCCCCUGAACACCAAUACCUUUCCGCCUCUGUGACACGCUAUCUCCACCUGAUCCGCUCAGAGAGCUACUCACCUCUCAUUACAGGUCCUGUCAAACUUACGAAAGGUUACACCUUGAGCAACCUUGUAGUCAAUGUUACCGAUCUUUCUCUUCCUCUUCACCAUGGCGUUGACGAAUCCUAUACACUCUGCAUCCCCGUUGGCAGCUUUUCUGCCCACUUGUCCGCUCAAUCGGUUUGGGGAGCUAUGCAUGGCCUUGAGACAUUCUCUCAGAUUAUUUGGGGAACAUCUCCUGAUUUGUGUUCACCAGUUGGGAUUUAUAUUCGUGAUUCUCCGUUGUUUGGCCAUAGAGGCGUUUUGCUCGAUACAUCGAGGAAUUACUAUGGAGUAGAUGACAUAAUGAGGACAAUCAGGGCCAUGAGUGCAAACAAACUCAAUGUGUUCCACUGGCACAUCACUGAUUCGCAAUCUUUUCCAUUGGUACUUCCUUCUGAACCUUCACUCGCUGCAAAGGGAUCUUAUGGACCAAACAUGGUAUACACUCCCGAGGAUGUCUCAAAGAUUGUUCAGUUCGGUUUCGAGCACGGCGUUAGAGUUCUUCCUGAAAUUGACACUCCUGGCCAUACAGGAUCAUGGGGAGAAGCUUACCCGGAGAUCGUCACAUGUGGCAACAUGUUCUGGUGGCCUGCUGGAAAAAGUUGGGACGAGCGGUUAGCUAGUGAACCUGGCACUGGUCAGCUUAACCCACUGAGUCCAAAGACAUAUGAAGUUGUUAAAAACGUCAUACAAGAUGUUGCUAAGCAAUUCCCUGAACCUUUCUACCAUGGCGGUGGAGAUGAAGUUAUCCCAGGCUGCUGGAAAACAGAUCCUGCAAUCAAUUCCUUCCUGUCUUCUGGUGGAACACUAAGCCAGCUUCUUGAAAAGUACAUAAACUCAACAUUACCUUACAUCCUGUCGCAGAACCGAACAGCUGUCUACUGGGAAGAUGUUUUGCUGGGUGCACAAAUCAAGGUGGAUCCAUCUUUUCUUCCUAAAGAGCACACAAUCUUACAGACUUGGAAUAACGGUCCUGAAAACACAAAGAGAAUCGUAGCUGCUGGUUACAGAGUAAUUGUAUCGUCAUCUGAGUUCUAUUACUUAGACUGUGGUCACGGCGGGUUUCUAGGGAAUGAUAGUCAGUAUGAUCAGCGAGGAGGUGGUGCCAGUGGCGGGUCCUGGUGUGCACCGUUUAAAACAUGGCAGACCAUAUACAACUAUGAUAUAACUGAUGGUUUGCUCGAUGAGGAAGAGAGGCAGCUGGUCCUAGGAGGAGAGGUAGCGUUGUGGUCAGAGCAAGCUGACCCGACGGUUUUAGACUCACGCCUUUGGCCGCGUGCUUCUGCGUUUGCAGAGAGCUUGUGGUCUGGGAAUAGAGACGAGAGAGGUGUUAAGAGAUGUGGUGAAGCUGUGGACCGGUUAAACCGGUGGAGGUAUAGAAUGGUGAAGAGAGGUAUUGGAGCUGAACCUAUUCAGCCAUUGUGGUGUUUGAGGAAUCCUGGGAUGUGUAAUGCAGUUAAUGUUGCUCUAGAAGAUCAGUAAAACAAUAAAAAGGGUUCGAAACUGGAUCCAACUUACAGAAAGCAGAAAAAAACAUAAUCUUGAUCAGGGUCUUUUGAUCAAUGUUUAGUUCUUGUUUGUCCUAACAAAACUUGAAUGUUUCGAAGCCAAAACUUUCAAUCAUAUGUAAUAUGUAAUUGUACCAUGUUCCAAUAAGUAAAGAUGAUAUGUUCGAAUC